GUAAACGUGUUGAUGAUGGUCACAAGCAGAAAACAACCUGAUCUGUAGUCAGUUUCUAUCGAUGCAUACCCCAUUCAUAUGAGGAUUACCUGUCAACCAUUUUGAAUGCUUCAAGUCAACUCAGGAAUGUCAUCCCCCAAACAUCUAGAUUGUGUUUUAUACUUAAGCAAUAAGGCCUGGGGGGGUGUGGUACAUGGCCAAUAUAUCUAUGGGCUGUUCUUAUUGGCUGGUCUUAAGCAUGACACAACGCGGAGUGCCACGGCCUUUAGCCGUGGUAUAUUGGCCAUAUACAAACCCCAAGGUUCCUUAUUGCUAUUAUAAACUGGUUACCAACGUCAUUUGAAGAGUAAAAAUGUUCUGUCAUACCCGUUGUGUACGGCUUUCAGCCAAUCAGCACUUGGGGCUCGAACCACCCAGUUCAUAAUUGUUUAUAAAGCAUGGUACUCUGUUUUAUACUGUAGGUCGUUUUUGUGGAUGUUUGUGGAUGUACAAAAUCAUUUUAGCGGUUAGCAUGUAAAAAGGUGUACAGAAUCGUACCAAAGCAUGAUAUUACCUCAGUGUAGCAGUUGUAAUAACAAUAGUGGAUUGUGUUCCAGUUGUACUUUGUUAAACACAGUUGGCUCAUUCUCUGCCCUUGUGCACCUUCURUACUGAUAUUAAAGCAUGUUCAUUUGGACUUCUCUGAGACUCACUCACGGACACAUCCAGGGACUUCAGGGGUCAGAUCAUCGACCUCUAUAUCCGCUUUCUCCCCUUUUUUGUGUCCCUUUUCCCUCUCAAAAGUCCUAAUGCAUCAGCCCUCAGUCGGUGUGGUUGUCAAAGUGCACACCCCUCCUACAGAUGCUCCUCACACUGAUCUGAGCCUUUAUUAACAAAGCAUCUCUGAGAAGGAGGACCAUGGACAUUCCACAUGGGAGAUAUGGGAAACUCACUGGGGUCAUAAAAUGUAUAGAUGGGUGGGUGACACCUACCAAGAGGGUGUUGACUAACAAGAGGGAUAAGAGUAUAAGAUUGUGAGCUUUCUAAAUGUACGCACUCAGCUGACGGCAUCCUUGCUAAUAAACACGUGAAACUUCUCUUGAGCUUUUGGGAUCACUUCCUUAUUGCCAAGAGGUUAAAAAAAAAUCGCAUUUUUCUUUUUAACAAGACAAAACAACCAAAAAUGUGUCACUGUCCCAAUACUUUUUGGAGCUCACCGUAGCUGGAUAAAGACGUUCAAAUGUGACGUGAUGCAUCUUUGGCUGCUGCAACACCUUUUGCCAUACAACAGACUCAAGACACCUCGAGAGUCUUAGUUUCCAACUGCGUUAUGGAGACUUUAGCUCUCCCCCUGCAACUGCUGAUCUAUGUCUAUUUCUAUGUCUAUUUCUAUGUCCGGCUGGUGCUGCCUCUCCCAUGCAUGAUAUUGUGUGUGUUUGAACCUUGCUCAAACUGAUCCCCCCCCCCCCACAAACAUGCUGAUUGUCUGUUUGCACUUCCGCUGCAUGCCAAUGGACCUGUGUAACCUCACUGCCGAUCUUUGCCUGUGGUUUGUGUCGUCUACCUCUGCCGCUGGUGUGUCUGUUGUGUGUCUUCGCCUGUGGUGUUGUGUGAUGUUUCUUAUUCCUCUCCAUGUUGUUCCAGGGAACGCCCAACCCUCACCUCCCGUAGCACGGUCUCCUCCGACACACCUCCCAUUCCACAAGGUGCAUCCAGCGGCUCCGGCAUUCGGGAACGUUAGCUCUUCCGUGGGAGAGGACGGAACGCUGAUCAGUUGGGAAUACUGGGGAGCGGAAAAAAAUGUUUACGUAGAAUAUAUAGUAGAGAACGAUAACAGUGAAGAGGAGUGGCAGAAAGAGUAUGUAAAUGGCUCUCGGGCCCAUGUGCUGAAGGGCUUAAAGGAGGGCCUGUCCUAUAGGGUGCGCGUGGUCGCCAAGGGUCACAACGGCCAAGCGGUGCUCCACCAAUCAGAAGAGCUUUUGGUGAUGAUCCCAGGUGAGGCAGCACGCGGUUGGCCGGCCGGCCUCGCUUUGCCUUGCCCUGUGUUGUGUUGUAGAGAUUGAGAAACGUGUGUGUAUGCAGAAGCUUUGUUAUUCUUCACUACUCAAGAAACCUGUCCGGUGCCUGUGGUAUACAAUCCCUAUAUCUGUUGUUGAAGUUUGUCUUAUGGAAACGUACUGUAGGCAUGUUCAGUAGAGAUGUAGACUUGGUACUUUCCUGACCUGCAUGAUGUUUUCCUGUUCGCAUAUUUGUGUUGAAGUUAGGAACACAGUCUUGUUUCUGGAGAGACGCACAGUAAGAACAUUCUCAUAUAGAUGAUGGAUAUACCAUUCACAUGAUAUAGAAGACUGAUGUGUAACUGUCUAAUAAUCCACCUAAUUCUCUCUCCYGCUGUGGUUAACAUUUGGUUUUGUUUGUAAUGUGUGUGUACUGUGUGUGGUGUGUGUGUGGGGGGGUGCAUGAGCAAGACUGAGAGGCAGAAAGAGAGAGAGAAGCCGCGAAUGUUGUUUGCGUCAUGCACUGUAGAAGUCGAGCUGUUAGCCGUCUUCAAUACGCUCUGCAUUCAUGUGCCUGUAGCUUCCGCGAGACGAGAUGUUUAACAUCACAUCACUAACACACCAAUUGUCUUUUGCAGUAACACUAUGUAACAAUUUCCAAACAAUAAAAUACUUACAAAGGGCUCUUUGGAAACCUACUUUCAUACUAUCAUGUACUUAUGUCUCCUCCACAACUUGUUGGUUCGUGUCCCCUUUAGUAGCCUUGAUUACAAUAGAAGAUGUCUAAAACACUUAGAAGUUAACAAAACUUUAUUGUGCAUUAGAUUUUCAUUGUACUCCAGUACAGGAACUAAACGUUACUUACAUUUCCUUUCUCAAUUAAAGCAACAGGCCAGUCAUGAACAGUUUUCUGUCUCUUCCUUCCCUCUCUGCCUG